AUGCCUGUUGAGCCUACUGCAAAAUCUCGUGUUGUCCGCGCUCGGGACCGUGAUCCCACUGAGGCACGUGCUAAAGCUGCUACCCGCGUGAAGCCUGGCCCAAAGCUUAACGGAACCCAUCGCUCGUCUGCUAUUCUGGGGCAGGAAGGGCGCAAAAAUCUCACAAAUUAUGACUGGCUGCAGGUUAUCCAGUAUGCCGAGAAAAAUCCGGGGACAAAGCAGAAAGCUGUCAUAGAAUUCUUUGCCUCGAGGUCUAAUGCCGAGGGAGGGAAGCUAUUCUUCACCCAGGGCGCACUUUCAAAACACCUCAAUCCGGAGAAGAAGGCUGCCCUUCUAAAACUUGCUGCUGAAAACUCCGCCGCACUUUCGCUCAAGCGUGAGCGCGUUGUCACUUCACCCGAAGUUGAUCGGGGCCUUGGUCUCUGGGCACUUGAUAUGGAACAAAAGAAUCGCGCUGUGACAGGUGCCAUGUUGAUCGAGCAACGGAAGAGGCUCGAGAUUGCUCUGAAUGUUCCUGAAGAGCGUCGCCUGAGAGGAACAGGAUGGCUCGAGUCGUUCAAGAAAGUUCAUGGUCUGUCUGAGAGACGCAGACACGGCAAGGCCGGCUCUGUUGAUCUGGCAGCUGUUGAAGUUGAACGCAAGCGCUUGGUUCGACUCACCUCCCGUUACGCCCCCGAGAACAUCUGGAAUGCGGAUGAGACCAGUUUCUUCCCAUCUUUGCCCCCGGAUCGCACGCUGUGCACCACACACAUGAGCGGAACCAAACGGGACAAGUUUCGCAUUUCUGCUCUUGUGGCAAGCCUCGCGUAUUCUGAGGAGUAUCCAGCAAACAUCGACCCACCACUUUAUUACCGCAACAACGCUAAGGCCUGGAUGAUGGCAGAGCUGUGGACCAAAUGGAUGCGAAAGCUCAAUGAUCGGAUGCGGCGCCAGAAGCGACACAUUCUGCUCUUGAUCGACAAUUGUCCGGGACAUGUUGCGAUGACUUACAAGCCGAGCCACAUCCGCGUCGAGUUCCUGGAGCCCAACAUGACGUCGUUUGUGCAACCAUGUGAUGCUGUAAGGGCAACCUUGAGACCCGAUCUCAGAGUUCUGGCAAGGGAGAAUCCAAAGGUGAUUAAUAGUGGUAGCUAG